ACCAUCUCAAGCUCCAUACAAUGCGGGGAAGCUUCCGGGUAUCGCUGUCGCGUAUAAAGACUGAGAUGGAAGCAGCCCUGUUGAACCCAUGUCCCUUAUUUAGCCUCCCCUGCUGCACGCACAACCAUGUCUGCCAGCACGUCUCCCGGUACCAAAAAGCGCAUAGUCGUGACGGGCGGCUCGGGCGUUGUGGGCCGUUGCGUCAUCGAGAAGCUGCUGAGCUACGGCCACGAGGUCCUCAACGUCGACCAGACGCCGCUGGAUAACCCAAAUGUACACACGCUCAAGGCAGACUUGACAGAUGGCGCGCAGGCAUUCAACGCGCUGAGCUGCCACUUCCAGAUCAGCGAGCCGUUCCGGGAAACGCUCAGGACGCCCGAUGUAGUCAUCCAUCUCGCGGGCAUCCCCCAACCCAACCGCGUCCCCGACAACGAAACCUUCCGCAUCAACACCCUCUCCUCGUACGCCAUCAUCGAAGCCGCCUGCAAACUGGGCAUCCCCAAAGUCCUCCUCGCCUCCUCCAUCACCGUCUACGGCCCCACGUACGCAGAAGGCCCGCAAUCCUUCCCGCACUUCCCGGUCACGGAGACAUCCCCCACCGAACCCAUGGACGUGUACGCGACCUCGAAACUGUGCAUGGAGCGCGUGGCGCAGUCGUUUGCAGCGCGCUUCGCCGCCCUCGCCGCCCCCGUCGACAUCUACUGUCUGCGCUUCGGCGCCGUCGUGUCGCCCGCGCUGCACCGCGAGACCAUGCUCAAGUACACCGGCCGCCCGCGCGACUGGGGCGUGCACGGCUGGAGCUACAUCGACGCGCGCGACCUGGGCAAUUUCCUGAACUGCGCGGUGCAGACGGAUGGCCUGGGGUUUCAGGUGUUCAAUGCGGUGAAUGAUGAGAGCACGCUGCCGGAUGGGGUGGCGACGCUGCAGUGGCUGGAGAAUGAGUGUCCGGAGAGCGAGCUGGUGGAUCGGGCGGCGCUGGAGGGGUGUCGGGCGCCGAUUAGCAAUGAGAAGGCGAGGCGGCUGUUGGGGUUCAAGGAGGAGUUUUCGUGGCGCGAGGAGAGGAAGAAGUGGGUUGUGCCGGAGACACGGUGA